UCAGCCCCGGGCUCCUCGCUUUAUUUCUCGCGCGGUGGGUCGUUCAGGUUUUCGGUGCGGGAAGCUGGUGGUGCAUUGAAUUGCCUUUACGUCGCCAUGAGAGAAAGGAGGACUCCUCAGCCGGUGGUGGCUCGGUGCAAGCUGGUUCUGGUGGGAGACGUACAUUCUGGCAAGACAGCCAUGUUGCAAGUGCUGGCCAAAGACUGCUACCCGGAGACAUAUGUGCCCACCGUUUUUGAGAACUACACGGCAUGCUUGGAGACAGAGGAACAACGAGUGGAGCUGAGUCUAUGGGACACUUCUGGCUCUCCUUAUUAUGACAAUGUCCGUCCCCUGUGCUACAGUGACUCGGAUGCUGUCCUCCUCUGCUUCGACGUCAGCCGCCCAGAGACCAUGGACAGUGCCCUGAAGAAGUGGAAGACAGAAAUCUUGGAUUACUGUCCCAGCACCCGUGUGUUGCUGAUUGGCUGCAAAAUAGACUUGCGCACAGACCUCAGCACCCUGAUGGAGUUGUCCCACCAAAAGCAGGCUCCUAUUUCUUAUGAACAGGGCUGUGCUGCAGCCAAGCAGCUUGGUGCUGAGAUGUACUUGGAGUGCUCAGCCUUCACAUCGGAGAAAAGCGUCCACAGCAUCUUUCGGACGGCAGCUUCCAUCUGCCUCAGCAAGCCUGGUCCCCAGGCCUCUAAGAGCCCAGCUCGGAGCUUCCCCAAGAGACUCCUCCGCUUGCCCAGCCGAUCAGAGCUCAUCUCCUCCACUUUCAAGAAGGAGAAAGCAAAAAGUUGCGCUGUCAUGUGAAGGGCUCCCCCCUCCCUCGCCCACUUUUGGGAGCAGGGGGUGGUGGUGGAACCAUUGCGGAGUUGGCGCCCUCCGGCCGGCCCUUCUGGGCUUGGUAUGGAGGGCUGCUUAGUUCUUGUGGGCCAGGCCUAGAGAGGGUCCGUAAGGGUCCCGUUCCCCACUCUCCCUGGCUUGAUCAGGCCUGCCUUCCCUUCCGCAUCGCAAUGCUUCCCACCAUGCAGCCACAGCGUGUGCUUCCAGAUAGAGACACAAGGGGGAAUCGGAGCUUGGCUGGACAGUGAGCGUGAAGGCUUGCCCAGGGCCCGCCUUGCUCCGGGGAAGGCCUCUGGGGCUGGGCUUAAGCGACAUCUUGGACAGGAGUGGCUCCUCCACAUACUUGAAGGGUUCAAAAGAAAUUGUUCCCCCUUCCAAUGCACAAUUAAUAUCUACAUCUGGCCCUGGUCAUAUUCUCCAUCUGCUGCUUGUCUCGUUGCCUGUCUCAAGCAGGAUGAUUGCAGACACCUCUCCCUUCUCUCUCAGGCCCUCCCCUUCUCCCUCCCCGUUUGGGCUAGGGCAGAGGUGUUCUGGGCAUCCUCUCCUCCUUUCUCCCUCUAGAGAAGGAGUGAGUGGGUAGGAAGAGGAGGAGGAAGGGAGUGACUGUUUUAUAAACAUUGUCUCUUUGUGUGUGGGAAGGAAAAGAAAUAUGUUUUGGGGGGGGCGAUCUGUGAAAUGUUCAGUGUUAUUAAAAGAAAACUUAUUUAUUAAUGAAAAUAUAAUGCAGAUU